CUGAAAACCAAGUGAGGAGAUGAAGGAUUGCACUGUACUACACCAGAGAAUACAGAGAGGAUAGACACAUCAGAUAGAUCCUGACCAUCACCCAAAGAACAACUGCAUCACUGUGGGAAGACAUCCAGUCCCUUCACAGCAUUGCUCAACACAGAGAAGGUUGGGCAGUGAAACCAUCACCUGGAAAUCGGUUGGGUCAGGGGAGCUUUGACAUAUCAUCAGAUCUGAAACUGAUCAGUGGUGUGGAGCUUUCCAUCAGAAUCAACCUGUGGGCGAUCGGUCAGGGUGAGGCUGGGAAGAAGUGUGAGUGGGCUCCAAGUGUGGCAAGAGCAUCAAUCAUUCAUCGAGCCUCAUGAACGACUGACUCAUUCCUACAUGUGAGAGGCUCUUGAAGUGUGAGGUGUGUGAAGAGGGAUCCAUUGACUUGUAAGGUCUCCUAACACACAAAGUGCAUCUGAUGUACAACUGUUAUCACAAGGACAGCUUCAUGGAAGAGAAACCAUUCAAGUGUGAGGUGUGUGACUGAGCCUUUACAACGCCAUCAAUGCUCGUGAAUCACUCAUGCAUUCACACAGGAAAUGUCCUUCAAAUGUGAGGUAUGCCCUUCAAAUGUGAGGUGUGCAUCAAAAGCUUUGCACAGUUAUCGGGCCUGGUGAAUCACCUGACCAUUCACACAGAGGAAAAACCAUUCACAUGCGAGGUGUGCAAGAAAUCAUUCUCACGGUCGUCGACUCAACGCAGACACCAGCGCAUUCACACAGGUGAAAAACCAUUCACGUGUAAGGUGUGCAUCAAAUCAUUCUUAUCGUCAUCAGAUUUCCUCGUUCACCAACACAUUCACACAGGGGAGAAACCAUUCACGUGCAAGAUAUGCAGCAAAUCAUUCUCAGAUUCAUCGACUCUCCACAGACAUCAACGCAUUCACACAGGGGAGAAGCCAUUCAAGUGUGAGGUGUGCAACAAAUCAUUUUCGUCAUCAUCAGAUCUUCGCAUACACCAACGCAUUCACACUGGAGAGAAACCGUUCAUCUGUGAGGUGUGUGACAAAUCAUUCUCAUCAUCAUCAGAUUUGCGCACACAUCGACGAGUUCACACAGGGGAGAAACCGUUCACAUGUGAGGUGUGUGACAAAUCAUUCUCCAAGUCAGGUAACCUGCUCAGACAUCAACGCAUUCACAGAGGGGAGAAACCCUUCAGGUGCGAGGUCUGUGACAAAUCAUUCUCUGACUCAGUGAGCCUCUGUGUACACCAACGCAUUCACACCAGGGAGAAACCAUUCACAUGCGAUGUGUGCAACAAAUCAUUCUUGAGAUCAUCAAACCUCCUGUUCCAUCAGAAGACCCACAAAACGGGAGUAACCCUUCAAGUGUGAGGUUUCCGAAAAAGCUUUUGAGACAUGUUGGACCCGAUGGUACACCAGAGAGGAUUCACACAGGGGAGAAAAUAUUCAGAAGUUUGUGACAAGGCUUUCACAUAUCUCCUGAAGCACCAGCUUAUUCUGGUGAGAAACCAUUCAGGUGUGAGCUGUGUGACGAGGCUUUCACACGGUCAGAACAUCUCCUGGUCAAUCAAUGCACAAAUACAGAGGAGAAAUCCUGUUGGUGAGAGUUCUGUAAUAAAUCCUUCACACAGUUGUUAGACCUCCUGGAACAUCAGCGAACCCAGAUGGGAUCUACCUAACCAAGUUCUUGCCAUUGUCAUCAGAGUGUGAAUCUCUACACAAUCUCACUGCAAAGGAUGUUCAGUGAUAUUGGGGCACAGAACAAGAAGCAGCUUUCACUCACAUCCAGCAACUAGUGACGGCAACGCCAGUGCUGAGGUAUGAUGAUGUCAAUGAUGAAGUCACCCUGCAGUGAGAUGCCAGUGAAACAGGACUUGGAGCAACCCUCAUGCAGCAAGGACAACCAGUUGUGUUUGCAUCCAGAGCAUUAACACAAACUGAAUGAUACUAGACACAGAUUGAGGAAGAGAGCCUGGCUAUUGUCUGACAUGUCAACCAAUGCCUGUUUAGGAGGGAAAAACUGAUGGUAGAGUCUGACCACAAGUUACUUCAAACAAUCGUUCUCAAGCCAUUUCUAACUGUUCCAAAGUGUUUACCAAGGAGGUUACUUUGUUUGCAGAGAUAUCAUUUGGAAGUGAAGUACAACCAAGGGAAGCAGAUGAACAUCACCAACAUGCUGUUGAGAGCUGCAGUCUCUUUGAAGGAAGUUGAUGAUGCUAGUACAGAGUAUGAAAUCUUCCAGAUUCAACAAGAAGCAACAGCACGACAUGCUCUGGAAGUCAUCAACCCAGCAGAGAAACUGAAUCUGACAGACAAGUGUCUUGCUCAGAUCAGGAAAACUACAACGAGAUACUCUUUAAAUGUUACAGGAAGUUGUGAUGAAAGGAUGGCCUGAAACCAUCAAGGCCACACCUGUUGCUGUAAGAGAUUUUUGGGCAGACAUAGAUGAAGUAAUCACCCAAGAUGGCAUCUUUUACAAAGGGACUAGGGUCAUUGUCCCUAAAGUGAUGAGAAAAGAGAUGCUGAAGCACAUCCACACAAACCAUCAAUGAAUUGAAUCCAGUCUGAGGGAGGGAAGAGAAGUGCUCUACUGGCCAAACAUGAGCAAUGAGAUUAAGGAUCACAUCAGCCAGUGCAAUGUUUGUAAUGAGCAUCAAGCUAAGCAAGAUAGAGAGCUGCUCAUGACUCAUGACAUCCCAGACAGACCAUGGAUGAAGCUUGGAGUAGACUUCCUCACUCUCACUGGAACUGAUUAUCUCGUCACAGUCGACUGCUAUUCAGACGACUGGGAGUUAGACCAACUGACGUCAACAACUACCAGUGAGAUUGUAGAAUGCCUGAAAGCACACUUCAGUCGUCAUGACAUUCCUGACAUUGUUAUGAGUGACAAUGGCCCUCAAUUCAUGAGUGAAGAACUCAGACACCUGAUGAAUGAUUGGGAAAUUCGGCACCACACAUCAUCUCCACACUAUCCCCAGUCAGAUGGAAAGGCUGAGGCAGCGGUGAAAAUUGCCAAAAAGAUCAUCAAAAAAUCAACUAGAUCCAGCACAGAUGUGUACAAGGCAAUCUUAGAGUGGAGAAACACACCUACUGAAGGCAUGGAAAGUUGUCCAGUCCAGUGACUAAUGUCACGCUGCUCCCAUACUACUCUUCCAACAGCUAAAAAACUACUGGGGCCAGAAGUAGUGACAGGGAGUGAGUGACAAGAUCAAAGUGAAACGACAGAAAGACAAAUUUCACUUUGAUAAAGCUGCCAAAUCGUUGCCAGAGUUGAGAGUUGGAGAGCCGGUCAGAGUGAAAACAUUCAACACACUUAACAAACGUGGCUCACUUGGCAACUUGCAACCUGUGUAGAGAAGUCGUCACCUCGAUCGUACACGGUGAAACUGAACAACCAGAUCUAUCGUCACAACCGCAGACAUCUACAAGCAACCGGAGAAGCUGCUCCUUCACAGCAGACAGCUGAUGAGGCAGAUCCAAUUUCACCAACUAAGCAAGGAACUGAACGACCAUCAGUCGCAGAGGUCAACUGUUCCCCAACAAAUGCAACGGAUCAGCAGCAACAAUUACCACAGCAACAACAUUCCCCAGAGAGACAACGUCACCUCAGGAACGAAUAGACAACAGGUGAGCAGUCAACAACAACUCACACACAUAUCAUAAGAAGACAUGAACACUUUAAAGAUUAUGUAUGCCAAGAAAGAAUAAUUUUUUUUGUUCACGUGAUGAUUUUCUUUAUGGAUUAUGUUUGUGGAGUAACUUGCAAAUAACUGUUAUGAUCACAGCUGAUGUUACCAAUGGACAAGCCAGUUCCCAGGGUGGAACCCAGUUUGUUAGAUCCUAACUUUUAUUUUUUGUUUAGAAGCAUGGAGGGCAGCUCUGAACAGAGCCACAGGAGUCAGCUGAUGAACUUUUAACGAAAGGAUAAAACAUGCAUUAGACAAGAAAAGAUUAACUAUAUUACAAUACUCCUUCACCAACACCUAGAUCUUUGCAGGUAUAUUCAGAUUAAUACAGAUAACACAAGUUACUAAAGCUAUCUUAUACUCUAAUGUUCACAGUAAGUACACAGCCCAUAUAAACCAAUAGGUGACCUGUGGUCAGGCACACCACACUCUGAAACCAAGUGACAGAUGCCACACCAAAUGGGUGCUAUGGAUCCCUCAUCAACUCCCCCAGACACUUGUCAUACUGUGAGCCAACUGGUUUCAAUGAACUCUAUCUUUCACAUGGGUGGUUCGAAUUUCCACUCUCGAAAAACCCACUUUGGAAUCUUCUCCCAAAUGGCACUUUCUCUAGGACGCUAUCCACAAUGGUCCACCUGCAAGGUUUCAAAUUCUCCUUCUGAUGUUCCUCUACCCUGGAUCAGCAUGUGCAUUCAAGCUUCCUUCUGCGCACUGUCUCUGAUACUCAGCCAUACCAACAGAACACCAUUGCUUCACAUGCCCACAGGAAGGAGUCACCAACCUUUUGCUGUCUUCUCAAAUCUUCUGGCUUCUCGCAAGCCUAUUUUGCUUUAAGUCUGUGUCCUGCCGCUUUUUCCCUUUAAGCUUGGAGCCGCUCUCUCUGCUCCUUACUUUCACUUCCACUUCCACUGAACAGGAUCUUCUUCAUAUUCCUGUUCCUCUCCCUUGACAUCACUGUCUUCCUGGGACCUUUCUCCUGUUCCGCUCCCGAAUUUGGGACAUUUCAUUCUUUGAAACCUGCUUGCUUCAGUUCCCUCUCCUGUGUCCAGCUUCCUGCUUCCAACUGAACUAUAAGAGCUGCUGUUCUUCUUCUCCCUGGGUCUGUGGGCUCCCCAUUGCUAGGAAACAACAGUUUUUCCUAUCUUGUGUUUGUUUUAGCUUCCUUUCAAGAGUUGUAAAACCUCGUUAACAUGCAGGCAUCUUUUAAAGUUUCCCCUUUCUUAACACCAAUACAGAAACACAAAUUAAACUUAAAGCUAAAAUAGAUUCCUCACACCCACAAAUACAAAUAUAACUUACUUAAACUAUCUCUAUUUCCUAACAGUACAUGCAAUUUUUUUUAAUGAACUGGUGCAUCUUGUGGUCGGAGGGUGUACUGCAGCACCACCAGCUUUAUAAUGGGGAGAUUCCUCCAGACACAGUGCAUGUAGUGCUGGAAGGUCACACAACUGUCAGAGGUACCAUCUUUCAGAUGAGUUAAACCAACCCCAUCUGCCCUUUGAGUGUAAGAGAUCCCUUGACACUGUGUCAUAAAGAAGCAGGGGAGUUAUUGCUGAUGGAGAAAAAAACACAAAUAUAGAAUUAAACCAAUAUAUUAAAACACAGACAUCCAUCCCAGCCAAAUCCAUCCUUUAACUUAGAACCAGAUAACAUCCAUUGGACAAAAAGAACAACUCAUUCCAUCACCAACAGUUUGAUAAAAUAUUUAAACUAAAAGGAAACCAAAUGCUAUAAAAGGAGCCCCCAACCUAAAGAAAACAAUUAUUAACAUUGCCAAAACAUUUAACCCCACAAUAUUAAAGGAAAAGUCCUAAGCAGAGGCUUAACUUGUGAUCCAGCAGUAAAAUAGCACAAUAUAUAAAUUCAAACAGAUUUAGACAAAUUUUAUAGAAAAAUUAAACUUAUAGACCUUUUAUGGUGUCUCCAUUUCUGAUAGGCUGCCCUUCAUACCCAAAUCAGAUUGGACUCCACCAAAACAUAAAAUAAACCCAAAAAUACUUGAUUUCAUCAAAGCAACUCAGUCAGAAAGAAGGAGGAUACCCCAGAGAAAGGAUAAACAAAACCUCACGAGAAGAGAAAAAAAAGCAAUUAGGGAACUAAAGGCCAGUGAAGAUAUUAUUAUAAAACCAGCUGACAAAGUGUUAUAAAUUGUUGUAUUAUCUGUAAAUAUUUGUAAAGUGCUAGGAACGAUUUAGCAAAGAACUUAUUGCUAUGUCUAAAUGCUCCAGGGACCACAUUUCACAGCUGCAUUGAGACUGAUGUAAUGUGUGACAGAACCAGUUCAAACCGGUCCCUCUUUUGUACAAGGCAGCACGGCAAGUUAAAGAUAAAGAAUUCUGACCUUUCCAAGCUUAAAGUGUGGUUAUUACCAACACCUGGGAACCAAAAGACAACACAUAGCACACAGGUAGUAUCAUUGUUAUCAGGAAUCAGCAACAAUACCUUUUUGGAGCUUACAGACAACUGAACAAUACGGAUUACCAU